AUGACGACCAAUGGCGCUCCUGCAGAAGCAUCACCACCACCAGACGCCAAUGAACGCUGCCCGGGCACCGCCAGCACCGCCGCGGGCACCUCCGACGCCUGCAAGGGCUGCCCCAAUCAGCAGGCCUGCGCCUCCGCGCCCAAGGGUCCCGACCCCGACAUGUUGGCCAUAGCGGAGCGCCUGGCCCCCAUCAAGCACAUCAUCUUGGUCCUGUCCGGCAAGGGCGGGGUGGGCAAGUCCACCACCGCCGCCCAGCUGGCCUUUGCGCUGGCCGGCGAGGGGCACGAGGUGGGGCUCAUGGACAUCGACAUCUGCGGCCCCUCCGUCCCCAAGAUGCUGGGCCUGGAGGGGGAGGAGGUGCACCAGAGUGGGGCGGGGUGGUCGCCGGUCUACAUUCAGGAGAACCUGGGUGUGAUGAGCAUUGGAUUCAUGCUGCCGAACCCCGACGACGCGGUAGUGUGGCGCGGGCCGCGUAAGAACGGGCUCAUCAAGCAGUUCCUCAAGGACGUGCACUGGGGGGCCCUGGACUACCUCAUCAUCGACACGCCCCCGGGGACGAGCGACGAGCACAUCUCCAUCGUGCAGUACUUGAAAGCAGGGCGGGUGGCGGGGGCGGUGGUGGUCACCACCCCACAGGAGGUUGCCAUCGUGGAUGUGCGCAAGGAGAUCAGCUUCUGCAGAAAGACCGGGAUCAGGGUGCUGGGGGUGGUGGAGAACAUGUCGGGGCUGCUGCAGCCGCUGCCCAGCUUCCGCCUGACCUCUCGUGCCGACGGCGCCGACGUGAGCGAGCGCGUGUUUGCCGCACUGGCCGCCGCGGGGCUGGACCCGGCCGCCGUAUGCGCGGGGCUGGACGUGUUUGCGCCCAGCCGCGGCGGCGCAGCCGCCAUGGCCGCCGACCUGGGGGUGCCCAUGCUGGGCGCGCUGCCGCUGGACACCGAACUGGGGCGGGCGGGGGAGGAGGGGCGCAGCGUGCUGGAGGAAAGCGGGGCAGGGACCGCCAGUGCGGCGCCGCUGCGCGCCAUCGUCCGGCGCCUGGUGCAGGCCGUGCAGGAGCAGUGA